AUGUGGAAUUGUAACGGGUGUGACAACCGAUCGCUCAUCGUGGCGAGCUGGAACAUCCGCAACAUUUCAAGACGCAAGGAGACGGUUCUACUGGAGCGAAUUGCGGACGUGCUGGACGAGUUCGAUCUCGUGGCGCUGCAGGAAGUGAGGGACUUGAUUGUGUUGAAGAGACUCAAAACGAUGCUGCCUGGGUGGGACUACGUGGUGUCGGAGCCGGUGGGGCGCAAGACCCCGGGAAUGAAGAAGCGUGUUGAGCGCUAUGCUUUCUUUUACAGGCGGAGUGCUGUGCAUCUUGUUGAGAAGUGCUGGCUAUUGGAACGUGACAAGAAUAUGUUCAACCGACUACCGUGCGUCGCCACCUUUCGAGCGACGGAAGCGUCGGGAUUACCGCAGCUGGAGCUCGCGUUGAUGAACGUUCACGUCUCCUUUGGUGAGAAGGAGGACCGCCACGCCGAAAUCGUCGAGAUCAACCGACUGGCAGCGGAGCUGAGCGAGAACUUUGGCAAAGAGAGGAAAGUGGUGGUGCUGGGCGACUUCAACUUGUCGCCGCAGGACGUGCUGGGUAGUCUGGGGUCGCACAAGAUGGCCCUGAUCCGCUCGCCGUUGUCAACCAUGGUCUUCGGAAAACUUUACGACAACAUUUGGCUCGAUCGUGCAGACUUCACCAGUAGCAGCAAUAACCCGGACGAAAAAGAAGAGCGCGACUACCUCGUAGACAGCGGCGUCCUCCGCGUGGAUUGGCGAUACUACCCUCCUUCAAAGAGCAGUCGUCUUUCCGUGCAGAACCCGAUGGACGCGAUGCUUCCGCGACUGCAAACGUAUAUGUCUCGCGUUCAGUGCGGGUACGAGCUGUCGGAUCAUUGUCCCGUGUGGGUUGCGUUCGCAUCAACAAGGCGCAGCAAACAGGGACAAUGUCUAGAAGCCACUCAGUGA